AUGGGAAAAGGUGGCUAUGGAAAAGGUUGGUCCUGCAGCCAAUGGUCGUCUCAGCCGCGCAAGCCUUGGCAGCAACAGACAGGCUGGCAAAGGUGGAGUGAUGAUCACAACCAUGGCAGUCAGUAUGGGCGCAAUCCCAGCUCAUCCCUGAACCAGUUGUGCAGUGGAAUGGUAAGCUCUGCUUGGGAUGGUGUGCGCUCUGGAGUUGCUUCUGCAGCUUGGAAGGCUGUAGAGACCACGGCUGGAGUACUAAUGAAGACAUACCAAGCUGACAAGCCGAAGGCCAUUGUGAACUCGAGUGCCCAGAACAUGAUGGCUUGCUUGGCAGGCAAAAGUGAUGAGUUGCAGAAAUCAGGCGCUGUGCACAAUCCUGACUCAACCAAUGUGCGUGAGGAUGACGUGAGUAGCCAGGUUGCUGGCCACAAGCUUGUGCUUUCUGUGCUAGAGUUGCAAAAAGAGCAAAUGCAACAACAAAGCCUCUUGCAAAAGCAGUUGCUGGAAAUGUGCGCCGCCAGAGCUGCCGCAGAGCCGGCGCCUGAGAUUGCUAGGCCAAAAGACCCUAGCAGUGCACGUGGCAGUCGUGACCGUGGCAGCCAAGAUCUCACCCCUGCAGCUUCCCCUCCACGAAAAAAAGGCACAUGCCGCAGAGCCCGUGCUAGAACUUCGGUGGCCAAAAAGAAAACCGCCAAGCAGACCAAAGCAAAGCAAGUGCCAGCCAAGCCCUCCAGUGCAGCCAAGGCCAAGGGCAAAGCGAAAGUGAAGAAAGCUGAGUGA